GCUCGACAUGGGGACUAUUUAACUGCCGUCGUCUGGUGUGUCGCACACGUUUCUCUCACCAGAAGCUUCCAGCUGGGUUUGCCCUGAUCUCGCCACAAUGAAGCUCACUUCCACUUCUUGGCUGUUGCCCACCCUGUUCAUUGGCGCGGUGCAGGCUGUCCCGCAUGUCCAGCGUGAUACUGUAUCAAAGGUGAUCAAGCGGGGGAUUGAGUACACUGUCUACCAUCAUGCCGCUACCGGGGCCAACCUGGAGAUUGUGAAGAACUCGGGCAUCUGCGAGACCACGCCUGGGGUCAAUCAGUAUUCGGGCUAUCUCUCAGUAGGGGAGGAUAUGAACAUGUUCUUCUGGUUCUUUGAAGCGCGACAAAACCCUCAAAAAGCGCCAUUGACCGCAUGGUUCAAUGGGGGCCCGGGUUGCUCGUCGAUGAUCGGACUGUUCCAAGAACAUGGACCGUGUCGGUUUGUCAACAAUGAGACCACCCCGUCCCUCAACCCGUACAGCUGGAACACCUACUCGAACAUGAUCUAUAUUGAUCAGCCCAUUGGCGUCGGCUUCUCUUAUGGUAACGAUGCCGUGAACAGCACGGUCACAGCGGCUCCCUUCGUGUGGAAGCUGCUACAAGCCUUCUUUGCCCACUUCCCCGAGUACGAGAGCCGUGAAUUCAACUUGUUCACCGAGUCAUACGGCGGUCACUACGGACCUGAGUUUGCCCACUACAUCCAACAACAGAAUACCGGAAUCCAGACCGGUGCUGUCGCUGGGGAGACCAUCAACAUUGGGGCUCUGGGCAUCAACAACGGCUGGUUCGACUCCACGAUCCAGGAGAAGGCUUACAUCACCUAUGCCUUGCAGAAUCCCUACCGUCCGUUGAUCAACGCCUCGGCGGGAGCCAAGUACUACAAGGACUAUCAGGAGUACUGCGUGCCAGCCAUCCAAAAAUGCACCAGUCUUGGCACAGAUGCCGCCUGUAUUCAAGCGGGCAACAUCUGCAGCGAAUACAUCGAUGAUCCGAUCUCGGAAACCGGUGACUGGGAUGUGUAUGAUGUGCGCGAGCCUUCCAACGACCCUUACCCUCCCGAGACCUACUAUUCCUAUCUGAACCAGCCGGCGGUGCAGCGGGCGAUCGGAGCGCGGCAGAAUUACUCGGAAUGUCCCGAUGGGCCGUAUUACAAGUUUGCUGCCACAGGUGACGGCACCCGCUCGUUCCUCGCCACUCUCUCCGAGGUGGUGCAGACUGGCAUCAACGUCUUACUCUGGGCGGGUGAUGCCGACUGGAUCUGUAACUGGAUUGGCGGAUUCGGGGUCGCCAACGCGGUGGAGUUCGCCGGUCAAACGACUUUCCAGAACAAGACUCUCCAGCCGUACACGGUGAAUGGGACGGAGAAAGGCCUCUAUAAGACGGUCGGAAACUUCGCCUUUUUGCGGGUGUAUGAGGCUGGCCACGAGGUGCCCUAUUACCAGCCGGAGACCGCCCUUCAGGUAUUUUCGCAAAUCAUCCAGCAAGUGCCCAUAUUUUCGACUUAGCCGGGCGAUGCGGUGGCCAUAUUGAUGCGUAUGAGACAAAUCAAUGCGACUAUGACAUUGACGAGUGCGAGUGAGGAGAAAGACUUUGGUC